AUGUCUUUCCUGACGAGAGUUUUGACAAUGAAAUGCAAGCAGACGCUUGAAUCUGAGAGGGCUUACUUUUACCGUGCAAUUUUUGUCAGCAGGUUUCACCAACUGCCCAAACUUUCCAGCAACCAGUCUCUGGAGGUGCAGAAAAACUCAGCAGCAGCGGCAGAGAGCAAAGGCGAGGAGAUGGUGGCAGAUGCAGGGCGCGCAGGGGAGCUGCUGAAGCCCGCCCCGCACCAGCUCGGCAGGGUGAAGAGCCUGCAAGAAAUGCCUGGACCCAACACCCUCUACAACCUCUACGAGUUCUUCUGGAAGGACGGCUUCGGCCGCAUUCAUGAAAUCCAGCAAAAACAUACUGAGGAAUAUGGAAAGAUCUUCAAGUCUCACUUUGGUCCGCAGUUUGUUGUAUCCAUUGCAGAUCGAGAUAUGGUUGCUCAAGUCCUUCGGGCAGAAGGUAGAGCACCACAAAGAGCUAAUAUGGAAUCCUGGCAGGAAUACAGAGACUUACGAGGGAGAGCCACGGGACUUAUUUCUGCGGAGGGGGAACAAUGGCUAAAAAUGAGAAGUGUACUGAAGCAAAAAAUUCUGAAACCCAAAGAUGUGGCUGUUUACUCUGAAGGAGUCAAUGAAGUUAUCACAGACUUAAUUAAAAGAAUUCACACCCUCAAAAGUCAAGAGGAUGAUGGUGAAACAGUGACCAAUGUUAACAACCUUUUCUUCAAGUAUUCAAUGGAAGGUGUGGCAACCAUUCUGUAUGAAUGCCGGUUGGGCUGCCUGGAAAACAACAUCCCACAGCAGACUGCUGAAUAUAUUGAGGCUCUGGAGUUGAUGUUUAGUAUGUUUAAGACCACUAUGUAUGCAGGUGCUAUUCCCAAAUGGCUUCGUCCACUUAUUCCAAAACCCUGGAGAGAGUUCUGCAGAUCCUGGGAUGGACUCUUCAAAUUUAGUCAAAUCCAUGUUGACAACAGAUUGAAGGCUAUUCAGUCUCAGCUGGACCAAGGAGAAGUGGUGAAUGGUGGGCUACUUACAUACCUCCUAGUGAGUAAGGAACUUACUUUGGAAGAGAUCUAUGCCAAUAUGACUGAAAUGCUUCUGGCAGGAGUGGACACGACUUCUUUUACAUUGUCUUGGGCAACAUACUUGUUGGCAAAGCACCCUGAGGUUCAACAGCGUGUUUAUGAGGAAGUAGUCAAUAAGCUGGGGAAAGACCAAGUUCCUGUUGCUCUGGAUGUCCCAAAAUUGCCUUUGAUUAGAGCUGUGCUGAAAGAAACCUUGAGGUUAUAUCCAGUAUUGCCAGGAAAUGGAAGAGUGACCCAAAAAGACUUGAUUGUUGGAGGAUACUUGAUACCUAAAGGGACUCAGCUGGCACUCUGUCAUUAUACCACUUCAUAUAGCGAAGAAAAUUUCUCAAUGGCAAAUGAAUUCCGACCUGAGCGCUGGCUGAGGAAAGAUAAUUUGGACAGAGUAGACAAUUUUGGUUCUAUCCCCUUUGGUUAUGGCAUUCGAAGUUGCAUAGGAAAAAGAAUUGCAGAGCUGGAAAUCCAUCUUGCACUGAUUCAGUUGCUUCAGAACUUUGAGAUCAAAAUUUCUCCCAAAACCCAACCAGUUCAUGCCAAAACCCAUGGACUUUUGACUCCUGGAAAGCCCAUCAAUGUGAGAUUUUCUAACAGAAAGUGA